AUGCAGUCCGUAAAUAAUAAAUCCUUGAUUGAAGAACUUGAUAAGCUCCUUGAAAGCUUGCGAAUUCCUUCAGAGUAUGCAGCAUGUCUAACAGGAGGCUCAUUUGAUGAAGCACGCAUGCUUCAAAAUAUUGAAGCAUGUGAGUGGUUAAAUAGUGCUUUACGCGGCCUUGAAGUGCCCAACUUGGAUCCUAGCUAUGCAAACAUGAGAGCAGUUAGAGAGAAACGGGCUGAGCUAGAGAAAUUGAAAACUACUUUUGUUCGAAGAGCAUCCGAGUUCUUGAGAAACUAUUUUGCUAGUUUGGUGGAUUUUAUGAUAAGUGACAAGAGUUACUUCUCUCAGCGGGGACAAUUGAAGAGGCCUGAUCACGCGGAUCUGCGGUAUAAGUGCAGGACAUAUGCGCGCCUUUUGCAACACUUGAAGAGUCUUGACAAAAAUUGCUUGGGCCCAUUGAGGAAAGCUUACUGUGGCUCCCUUAAUUUACUGUUACGCCGGGAGGCGCGUGAAUUCGCAAAUGAGCUGCGUGCUAGUACCAAGGCUUCAAGAAAUCCAACUGUCUGGCUUGAAGGUUCCACAGGUUCUAGUCAAAGUGUGAACAAUGCAGAUACUUCUACAGUUUCAGAGGCCUAUGCCAAAAUGCUUACAAUAUUUAUCCCACUUCUUGUAGAUGAGAGUUCCUUUUUUGCUCACUUCAUGUGCUUUGAAGUUCCUGCACUUGUUCCUCCAGGAGGUCUGGCGAAUGGCAACAAAAGUGCAUCUAAUGAUGAUGAUGCCAAUGAUGAUGACUUAGGCAUCAUGGACAUUGAUGACAAUGACAACAAAUCUGGUAAAAAGGCCAUGGAGUUGGAGGCACUAAAUGAAUCACUUCAUGAUUUGCUUGAUGGAAUACAAGAGGACUUCUAUGCUGUGGUUGAUUGGGCAUACAAGAUUGAUCCUUUGCGCUGCAUAUCAAUGCAUGGGAUUACGGAACGCUAUAUAUCUGGUCAGAAAGCUGAUGCAGCAGGAUUUGUGCGCAUCUUGCUUGAUGACCUGGAAUCUAGAAUUUCUGCGCAGUUUGGUCGUUUUGUAGAGGAAGCUUGUCACCAGAUAGAAAGAAAUGAGCGAAACAUUCGACAAAUGGGUGUCUUAUCAUAUAUACCAAGAUUUGCAACCCUUGCAACCCGUAUGGAGCAGUACAUCCAGGGACAAUCUAGGGAUUUGGUUGAUCAGGCAUAUACUAAAUUUGUUACCAUAAUGUUUGUGACAUUGGAGAAUAUUGCUAAGGCAGACCCAAAAUAUGCUGAUAUUUUACUUCUAGAGAAUUAUGCUGCAUUUCAGAAUAGUCUGUAUGACCUGGCAAAUGUAGUUUCCACAUUGGCGAAAUUUUAUCACCAAGCUAGUGAAGCUUAUGAACAAGCUUGCACUCGCCAUAUCAGCAUGAUCAUAUAUUAUGUAAGUAGUCCAAUUUUGCAAUUUGAACGGCUUUUUCAGUUUGCUAAAAGAAUUGAGGAUAUGAUGUACACAAUCACACCAGAAGAGAUCCCAUUCCAGCUUGGAUUGUCAAAAAUGGAUCUUCCAAAGGUGGUGAAAUCCAGUUUAUCUGGGGUUGACAAGUCUAUCAGUGUAAUGUAUAAGAAAUUGCAGAAGAACUUAACCUCCGAGGAACUGCUGCCUUCGUUAUGGGAUAAAUGCAAGAAGGAGUUUCUGGACAAGUACGAAAGCUUUGCACAACUUGUUGCCAAGAUUUACCCAACCGAGACCAUCCCAUCUGUAGCAGAAAUGAGAGCACUUUUGGCAUCCAUGUAG